AUGUCGGGUCAUGGUUGUUUCAGACAGUACUUCUAUCGGUUUAAAAUAGAAGAAGACGCGAAAUGUGUGUACUGCAACGGUUCGGGUGACGACGAAGCAGAACACACUGAUGACGCGGAGCAUACGCUUUUUUCCUGCGGGCACUGGCGUGAACUCAGGGAAGCCAUGUUUUCGGCCAUGGGCACUGAAGUCACGGUCGAGAAUAUGGUUCAAACUAUGUUACAGAGUGCAGACUCAUGGCGCGAGAUAGAGUCCUUUGUUAUCAAAGUCAUGCAGACAAAGGAAAAGGACAGAAGGAUGUCACAACACCAUCGGAGAAUUCCUGCAGCUCGGCUGGGCGCUCGCGGAAGACGGAGGAGACCUUAA